AGACGAUACAGAUGAGCAGAACGAAAUACAUCGUCAAAUACAAGAAGUAUGGGAGGGUUUCGAUUUGAAAACAUCUACCAUUUUCCUAACUGCUCUGGAAAAGAUGAGAUUCCAGAAGGUGAAUCACCAAAAUGGCGUUGCAGAAAGAAAGCAAGGACCAUGGCCCAACAGCAAGAAGAAGAGGUUGAGAAGUUGAGACUGUCAAGCGUGGAGGAAGUGGAUAAGUUUGAUGAGACGCAAGAUUACCACCGAGGGACGUGGACAAGGAAGUGUGACUUCCUUCUGUCUAUAGUGGGCUACUCUGUCGGCGUGUCAAACAUCUGGCGCUUCCCUUACCUUUGUAUGAGGAACGGUGGAGGUGCUUUUCUUAUUCCAUUUUUCUUCUUCCUGAUUUUCUGUGGGAUUCCACUGUUCUUCAUGGAGUUAUGUCUCGGUCAGUUUUCUGGUGUCAGUUCCCUGUUUGUGUGGUCACUCUGUCCACUCUUCAAAGGUCUCGGCUAUCUGAUGGUCAUCGUAUCGUUCAUCAUGUCCUGGUACUACAUCAUGGUGCUCGUCUGGGUCAUCUACUAUCUCGUCAACUCGUUCUACGACCCGCUUCCCUGGGCCGUCUGUACAAACUCAUGGAACACGCCAUUCUGUAUCGAGGAUCGUGGCAAAAUAAACAUCAGUAGAACCUUACUGAAUAAUUUGACCUCAGUAGAGGUUAACACUUCAUUGGUGAUUGGUUCGAAUUAUACCUCUAACACCACGGUCACAGCAGCCAAGGAAUUUUGGCAAUUGAAUGUCCUACAGAUUUCCUCAGGCUUCGCUGACCUCGGUGGUAUACGGUGGCACCUUGUUCUGGCGCUGGCUGCCGCCUGGGUCCUUGUAUUCCUCUGCCUGAUGAAGGGUGUGAAAUCGGUUGGCAAGGUUGUUUAUGUCACUGCCCUUCUGCCGUAUGUCUUGUUGACGAUUUUCCUGAUACGCGGACUUCUGUUACCUGGGGCGGUCGAUGGUAUUAUGUUCUAUCUCACGCCAGACUUCAAAAGACUUCUGGAAUUCCAGGUAUGGCUGGAGGCUGGAAUACAGGUAUUUUAUUCUCUUGGCCCGGCCUGGGGAGGACUUAUAACCAUGUCUAGUUAUAACAAGUUCACAAAUAACUGUCUGAGGGACGCCAUCAUUGGCAGUAUGGCCGACGCUCUCACAAGUUUCUACGGAGGAUUUGUGAUUUUUUCCGUCCUUGGUUACAUGGCGUAUGAGUCUAAGCUACCGAUCAAUGAAGUUGCUACAUCAGGACCAGGCCUGGCAUUGGUAGCCUACCCAGAGGCUAUCACAAAGCUACCCUUCCCCCAGCUGUGGGCUGUACUAUUCUUCCUGAUGUUGUUAGCCCUUGGCAUCGACAGUCAGUUCGGUACAUUUGAGACGGUGUCCAGUGGACUGGUGGAUGCGUUUCCUCGUCAGCUCGGCAAGCGUAAGGUCCUGCUGACGGCUGCUCUAUCACUUGUGCUGUUUAUUCUUGGAUUACCGUUCACCACUAAUGGAGGGAUGUACAUCUUCCAGCUUGUCGACUGGUACGCUGCCUCACUGUGUGUCCUACUUACCUGUUUCCUGGAGUGUUUCAUCGUGGGAUGGCUCUACGGGGCGGACCGUUUCAGUAGGGACGUAGAACUGAUGAUGGGUAGACCCGUCCCUGUUAUAAUCCGACUGUGUUGGUGUGUUAUCACGCCGCUCAUAAUGAUGAUUGCAUUCAUAGCAACAAUGAUAAACUACCAGCCCCCUACAUAUGAAGGCUAUCAUUACCCGGGAAGUGCACGAGCUUUUGGCCUCCUCCUGUCUGUGAUACCCAUAAUUCCAGUACCUGUUCUCAUGGUAUCACAGAUAGUCAAGGCUAAAGGUUCAAUAGUAAACCGUAUUUGGAAAUUGACACAGCCAACUUUGGAGUGGGGACCACACAUCAGUAAAUACAGAGAAAUGUACCAAACAUCUGUAUAUCCGCGCCUACAAGGCCUGCAGCUUGUACGCGCGAAUCUGUUUGGUGCUCAUGAGCGAUAACUACUGUACCUCAUACUAUAGUAACUCAUUUAGUCGUGUCCAGUCUGUGCUGACCGAUGUCUUAUAGUAACUCAUUUAGUCGUGUCCAGUCUGUGCUGACCGAUGUCUUAUAGUAACUCAUUUAGUCGUGUCCAGUCUGUGCUGACCGAUGUCUUGCCAAGCAAUGAUUGAUGUUUGACAAGUUCUUACUGGUUUCUGGUGGCAAAAGUGAUUGAUUUCUCGAUGUCUAGCUGCAGUAUUGGCAGUUGUCUGGCUGCAGUAAUGACCAAUAUCUAGCAGUAGUGACCGGUGUCCAGUACAGUAGUGACUAAUGUUUAGUACUUUCGUUUUUU